UAGGGGGUAGAUAUUUAUGGACUUGAGUGUAGUUAUAGCUUGACUCGCCCCGGAAGUAUUCGUUCCGUGCUGUCUGUCAAACAGGUUGAUUUACUUGAAAUUUUGCUAAAAGAUGCCACCAAAAUCAAAAGAGUGUUUUUCAAGUCCAAAGGAUAAAAAGCGGAGUAAAAAAACGUCAGCAGCUUAAAGCUACCAAUUAUGAACAGAAUAACAUUAUGGAUAAUAAUAAUCUUAGAAUUGCUCAACAAAAUUCUUCCGCACUACAGAUUCAGGUGAUUAGUUUAAUAGAAAAUUACAAUAAAACAAAAUCUUACGAAAUUCCUACAUUUUAAUUGUUCUGAAAAUAAGCAAUUUAAGCUUUUAACUGAUAGCUUGCCCGUUAAUACCCGAGGGCGAACCUGGAAGGGUCUUGUUAUCGUAUGAGCUUAUAUUAAAUUAAAUUUAAAUUUAACAGAAUGGCAAAGAUUUGUUUCUUCAUGUUGGCAAUGUUGAUGUUUUCGCUCUUUUACUGCGACGCUCGAAACGUUGGUAUUGGUAACAACGACGAUGGAAGCCGAUCGGACGGCGUGGAAUCUUUCAGGGAAAAUCUUAUAAAUAAGGCUCGAUGGCUGAUGGACAUCGCCAUUCCUGUUGAUCCAAUUGAAAGGCCUAUAUUCCUUUUUGCUGGUGACCUUGAUACCAUCAAUCAACGAGUGGUGGAUGGAAUUAACGGUCGGUUAACAAGCAAGAUCACCAGUCGUAACAGUAGCUGUGCAGUGGCCAGCGUGCCGUGCAGUUGCGCCAGUGACACAGGCACCUGCAUCUGUACCAGCACCGAUUGCACUUGCACCGUCGCCCCCUGUACUUUUAACGCCGUUAUUAGUAGUAGCACUUCCGAUGGCCUCCGUGCUUCCAGCUCUAGCGGUUCCAGCUCCACCGAUGGAAGUAGCAGUAGCAGUAGCGGUAGCAGUAGUAGCCCUAGUAGCUCCAGUACUAGCAGUAGUAGUGAUCUAUCCAUCUCCACUGUUUGUAGAGGAACAACCGCAGUACCUGCGUGCAAAUGCUACGUCACAACAUGCACUAAUGGAGCGUGUUCGCCUCUCAGUACUUAUGACAACCCUUCUGCCGCUUGUACUGCUUAUUUGGGCUAAAAGCAUCAGAGUAUUUAUAAUUGAUAAGCAUAAUGUAUCAGUCGAAAUCGUUCAGAAGAAGAAUGUUUAGCCUAGAAAACCUAAAAUAUAGCCUACAGUAAAAUAAUGUUUCUUGAUGUCGUCCUUGUGAUCAAUGAAAAAGACUAUUAUGCAUUUAUGUAGCAUUGAUACAGUAAUAAAAAGCAAUAAAUGAA